GCAGCAGAACCCAGACUCAGCCCUGGCCUCGCAAUGGCUCCGCCAGAGCCCCAGCCUGGAGACCUGAUCGAGAUUUUCCGCCCUUCGUACUGUCACUGGGCCAUCUACGUUGGCGAUGGAUGUGUGAUCCACCUGGCCCCCCAAAUCAGUGUCAUUCAAGCUGGUUCAGGCAGAGUCCAGGCGGUGCUGACCAACAAAGCCACAGUGAAGAAGGAGUGGCUGUGCGAUGUGGCUGGGAGACACCGCUACCGGGUCAACAACAAGCACGAUGACAAAUACAGGCCGUUGCCUCCCAGCAAAAUCAUCCAGCGGGCAGAGAAGCUGCUGGGCAAGGAGGUUCCCUACAAGCUGACCAGCAAGAACUAUGAUGACCUCAUCAUCAAUCUGCGCUACGAGAUCCCCCACAGACACCCGGUCAGAAAUGUCAUCAACACAGCUUUCUUCGGAGGAGCGAUGUUCCUGGGAGCCAGCAUGGGAGGAGUGGUGGGCCUGGGAAUGAUCUUGGGAGGAGUUGCUGGCCUGGCAACCACGCUUGUUCGAUCCCUGCGCUGAAAAUAAAGGAAACAAAAGCAAAGACCAGACGAGAGUGAGGUCUCAGC